GGCAGAUUGACAUAAUAUGUCAAAAUCAACCAAUCAAUGUCAUUCCAUUGAUAAAAUUGUAAUUACUGAAUUCUGUAGCUACAGCAGAUCAAAGAGGAGAAUAUUAUUAUGAUACGAUCAGGCUUAAUUUUACGCCAAGAUUUAAGCUUCUCAAGAAUGUGUUUUUUAGUAAACUGUCUUAAACGAUUCAAGAGUUCACAGCAAUGGUUGAGUCGCCAAAAAGCAGACCCAUAUGUUGAAAAAGCAAAGAUGUAUAACUACAGAUGUCGAAGUGCCUUUAAACUUUUGGAAAUGAACGAAAAAACGAAUAUCCUUCAACCUGGCCUCACUGUUGUUGAUUUGGGAGCUUCUCCUGGCUCUUGGACUCAGGUUGCUGUUCAAAAAACAAAUGCUGAUGCAGCUGAUUCAACAAAACCAAAAGGAACUGUAUUAGCUAUAGACAAGUUACAAAUUUUCCCCAUUGAGGGUGCAACAAUCAUGAGUAACAUGGACUUUUCUACUAUUGAAGCUCAUGAGAAAGUCAUUAAAGCCUUAGAUGGAAGGCAAGUUGAUAUUGUUCUCUCUGAUAUGGCUCCAAGUGCAACUGGUAUAAGGGAAUUGGACAAAGACAGGAUUCUUGGACUUUGCUAUAUGGCAAUAAGAUUUGCUGCCUUAGUUAGUAAGAUAGAUGCAAACUUGCUGUUCAAAGUAUGGGAUGGAAAGGAGGUUCCUAUAUUAGAAAUGGAUUUAGAGAGAUUCUAUAAAAGCAUAAAGAUAUUAAAACCGAAAGCAAGCAGAUCUGAUUCAUCUGAGAAAUUUAUUUUAGCCAAAGGUUUUAAGGGAAUACAAAAACCUUUAGAGAAUGGGCGGUGGGGCUAAUUCAUUUUAGAAUUAUUAUGACAUGCACAAUAACCUGAUAAUAUUAGUAUGCAAUAUUUAAAAAGCUUGUUACUUGCUAAAUGUUACCAUGGUAUAAUUAUUCUUACAAUAAUUAUUAAUACUCACAAAAAAGAUUAUGUUGAAUAUUGUAUAGAUUGCAUCUAUUUGAUACAUCUGUUAUGUAGUUAUAUAUUAUACUAGUGUAAUUAAUCAGCUCAAGGAUUAUCUACCUGACGGUAAUUUGUACAUAAUAAAAGAUAUUAUGAUAAAGACAUAUUGAAUCUUAAAGUUAACUCAUGUCUUCCAUAGUAUCAUUGACUCUUUAGAAAAAUAAGUAGAAAAUGUAGGUAAAAUGUAUAUAAUUUUUAAUAAGUA